UACACCAUUGAAGUUCGUUGCCAACAACGGUUAACACCACUGAAGAAGAAAAUCUGAAGUCAUCUUGUGGUAUGUGCGUAGGAAGUAAAUAACGUUUCAAAGGGUAGUGUUCUUCCUCCAGUCCAGGGUAAGGAGGUUGAUACCUGGCGGGUCUGUCUGUUAGUAUGUCGUCCAGGAGAGAACAGAGAUCCAGGUCCCUUUUAUUCGGCCUGCUGGUUGUACUGCUCAGUGACGCCAUCUCCUUUGCACACGCUAGUAAGAGUUUUGAAGAUGUGCGCUGCAAGUGUAUCUGUCCACCCUACAGGAACAUCACCGGACACAUUUACAGCAGGAAUGUCUCCCAGAAAGAUUGUAAGUGCCUCCAUGUGGUGGAGCCCAUGCCAGUGCCGGGCCAUGAUGUGGAGGCCUACUGCCUGCUGUGUGAGUGCAAGUAUGAGGAACGCAGCAGCAACACCAUCAAGGUGACCAUCCUCAUCUACCUGUCAGUGGUGGGCUCGCUCCUCCUCUACAUGUUGUUCCUGCUGCUGGUUGACCCUCUGAUCCGUAAACAUGACCCUUAUAUCCAACCCCUUCACAACGAAGAGGACUCUGAGGACAUGCGGCCGCAGCCUGAGGGUGCCAGUGCUGCUCAGGGAGGCAGAAGUAACACAGUACUGGAGAGGGUAGAGGGGGCACAGCAGCGGUGGAAAAAGCAGGUCCAGGAACAGCGCAAGACUGUCUUUGACCGACACAAGAUGCUUAGUUAAACCGCAAUGGCUGACUUCAGAUCAGAGGCUAGUCACCUCCUGAGCUUUGUCCACAUCUGCUGCUGUUAUACUGUCAUUAGCUAUGUCGUUUUUGUUCAGGAUUUCAAUUCCUUUGCCAUUUCAAUACAUUCCCAGCACCUUUAGGACAGUUUAUGUACAGUAAUGCUGUUUGGAAUGAUGGCUGGCCCAAUUGUCCUUUGUUUCCAAAAUUAUGGUUGCAGUCAUGACUCCUAAGCUAAAGAAUACAGAUGUGAUAGAAGUGUACCAAAUGAGGAGUAUAACAAAGCAGCAUAAUGCAAGUUAUAUCUUCAUUUCUGUGUCAUACACUGAGUGUACAAAAUAUUUAGAAUACCUGCUCUUUCCAUGACAUAGACUGACCAGGUGAAUCCAGGUGAAAGCUAUGAUCCCUUAUUGAUGUCACUUGUUAUAUCCACUUCAAUCAGUGUAGAUGAAGGGGAGGAGACAGUUUUAAAGAAGGAUUUUUAAGCCUUGAGACAAUUGGGACAUCGAUUGUGUGUGUGUGCCAUACAGACGGUGAAUGGGCAAGACAAAACAUUUGUGCCUUUAAACGGUGUAUGGUAGUAGGUGCCAGGCGCACCGGUUUGUGUCAAGAACUGCAACGCUGCUGGGUUUUUCACACUUAACAGUUUUCCAAGGACAUCCAGCCAACUUGGGGGGGAAGUGUUCCUAAUGUUUGUUAUACUCGGUGUAUGAUAGUAGGUGCCAGGCACACCGGUUGUUGGGGGGGGGGGGGGGGGGGGGGGUGUUCCUAAUGAAAUGAAACUGGAUAUAUUGCAAUGACGUCAUAAAAAAAUAAGCUUGAAAAAAUAGGACUGAUUCAGAAUGUCUGAAUAUGCUUAAGCACCUUUAAAUUCAACCCUCAUUGUUGUGUUGUGAAGCUACCUCAGUGCAGUGGAUACUGUAGCUAGGCUGAAUGUUUAACCACUGUAUAUGAGCACCAGCUCACUGCUUUUGGUUCAUUUAGCACUUCCUGAUGCUAUCCUUUGUACUGAAAGACACAAUAAUAGAAUAUUUACUCCUUUUAUUAAGCCUUGUAAUAAUGAUUCAUAGUUUUGCUGACUUUGUUUUGAGAGGCUCUGAAGUGGAGACUUGAGUUUAUUGAAACCUCUGAGGUAGCUGAAUGUGAAUGGCUUGUAACGCUCUUUUAUAAUGUAGUUAUUAACUGUAGAAUCACUGGUUAAUGGUUUUUGGAAUUACUGGAAUGCCAAAUGGCUUUGAAUGAUUCCAGAGUGGAAUAUUGCAGUCAGUGGGAUUGUCUCUCGCAUUAUUAGCAAGGACUGAUGCUCUGUGCGUGUGCGGGGGGGGGGGGGG